AUGGGCGCCGCCAUAGCCUGUGGGCUGGAAUCGGUUCCAGGGUCAUGCGUGUGCCCUACAGCGAAUGCGUCUGCUCUCACACAGGCGUACUACCCACCCCAAGCCGUGUGUACAGAGUUCUACGUUCCUGUCACGUUCGAAUCUGAGAAUGUGGUUUUCAACUUUCCCAAGUGGGAGGACGAUUUUGAUUUGGUAGACUUUCUUGCCGUCGCCACCACCAGAGCGACAGCCAACCUUGGCAGUAUUGCAGCAGGGACAAAGAAAGAGACGGUAACGAGGCAGAUCGCUGCUUCGUUUUGUACACCCAAAUCUCCAAAUGGUAAAGAGAAGACUGUUAUACUUGCCACCCAUGGCAUUGGGCAAGCACGAAGCCAUUGGAAUUCUCCUUACAAGCCUGCGGAGUACAACUUUGUCCAACAUGCCAUCGCGCAAGGAUACUCAGUGUUUUUCUACGAUCGCCUGGGCACCGGAGAUUCAGAAAAUGUCUCGGGCUACGAGAAUCAACUCAGCACACAGGUUGGCUUACUAAAAGAGCUAACCACUCUUGUCAAAUCUGGCGAUUUCACCCCAGGGGUCGGCAAACCCGGAAAACUCGUGGUUAUGGGAUUUUCAUUUGGAUCAUAUGUGACACACGCUGCUAUUGGAUCGAGUCCAGAGAUCGCCGACGCUGUUAUUCUCACCGCCAUAGGUCUUAACACAACUGGAGUCAACGCCAAUGGCCUUGUCCGGUCUUUCGUACCCCGAGUUGCCGCACAGCAAAACCCUCUUCAUUUCGGUGAUCUCGACAAUGGAUACGUGACCUGGGUGGACAAAUUCGCUCAAAUCAAUACAUACUUCAAGAGUCCUUUCUACGACGAGCCCACGGCCGAUUUCGCCGAAUCGCAGAAACAGGCCUUUGCGAUCGCCGAAUUUCUCACCAUUCUCAACGGAAAGGAUAAUAAAGGCGACCUGGACGCGAGCGGCUUCACCGGCCCAGUCCUGACCAUCACAGGUAUUCAGGAUUAUAUUGUAUGCGAUGGCUUUUGCCCCGGGAUCUACGACGAGCCGGCCAGCACUUUCUACCGCAACGCGAAGCCUUUCGUACCUUACUUGCAUCCUAAUGCCUCGCACAACUUCAAUUUCCACAAGAAUGCUACGGGUGCUUACACUGUGAUUACGGAUUUCUUGAACACCAAUUUGAAAUAG